GAAACGUCCUUUACGGGUUUCCGUAGUUAUUUUGCGAUGAACAACUUUCACAUUGUCAGUUAUGUGAGAGAUACGUUUACUGAUUGAAAGAAACUAAUGUAAGCAGUCUAAAUAAUUAACAAAGUUUCUCUUCCACAGCAGAGAUGAGUGAUGUUCGGCAUGCAUUGCUGCGGCGCGAUCCGCUGAGCGCGGCUAAAGAAGUUCUGUAUCAUCUGGACAUCUCACUGGGCAGCGCUCUGCAGAGCUCCACCGGUCCCACACCUGGACUAGAGAAAAGCACAGUGGAGCUGGUGGAGGAGUUUAUCUUUCAUGUUCCUAAAGACAGAAACAUCCAACCCAAGAGGAUGAGCUGCGUUCAGGAACUACAGCUGCUGGAGAUCAUGUGCAGUUACUUCCAGGAACAAAGCAAAGAUGCAAUCCGACAGAUCAUUUUCUCUGCCCUCUUCAGUCUCCAAGGCAACAAGGCUGACGAGAACCGCAUGGCCAUGCUGGGCAAGCUGGUCUCCAUGGCAAUAGCUGUGUGUCGGGUGCCCAUACUAGAGUGUGCAGCCACCUGGUUACAGCGCACACACACUGCAUGGUGUGUUCGGUUGGCUCAGGUGUUGAUGGAUGAUUACUGCACCCUAGUGCCGUGUGCCAUCUCUACACUGCAAAACAUCUGUUCAGCCAGUCCACGAUUCUGCUGCCAGCUCAUCACUGCAGUAACGGCCCUCUAUGACUUCUCCUCAUAUGAGCUGACUCCUUCCCCUGUGCUCUUGGAGAUGCUGGUUGGUUGGAUCACAGAUGAUCCCAGACUGUUGCUGCUCACCUUCAUCAACACGCCCCUCAAUACCAGCCUUCCGUUAGGUUGCCUUGAGAUUACACCCCUUUUAGGUCUGCUGCGAUGGUGUGUGAAAGCUCCGUUAGCCUAUCAGAGAGCUAAGAAGUCAGCUUUGACCAAUGGUCAUGGGGAGAGUGAAAAAGGGACAGCAAAUGAAGAGCUGUACUCUAAACUGCACCUGAGCGUUCUUCAAGUCUUUCUUAUGCUACAGGUCCAUCUGACAGAACAGAAUUUGAUUGGUCGGCUUGCUGUGCUUCCUGUGGAAUCUGUUGCUGCAUUGGUGGAGGAAGUCAGUCGUCUGUGUGAAAAGCUCACGCACCUCUCUGCUGCCAAUCAUAUCCAGCUGGCUCUAGAUAGGCUGGCACAAGCCCUUCAGGUCGCCAUGGCGACAGGAGCCCUUCUGUGUGCCAGGGAGGAUCUUCGGGCUCUGUGUUCCAGACUUCCUCACAACAAUCUGUUACAGCUGGUGAUGUCCGGUCCAGUCGUGCAGCCUCCACCUCACAGCGCUCCCUUUCAGCCCAACAUGUACCCUCACAUCCACCCCGGCCGGCCCUCCCCUCUCUCUCCCCACAGCCCACACCAGUCUGCCCUCCCCUCCCCACACAGCCCACACCCAGUUCUCUCACCACACCCCACACACCCAGCACUCUCGCCACAUCGCGCGUUAACGCCCCACGCUGCACACCCCUCUCUGUCUCCACAUGCCUUUCACCCUGCUGCCAUGGCCUUUCCGUACCGGCCCAUCCGCUAACCAGCAAACAGGACACAUGGUCUUCUCUGCUUCCGCUUGAGAAGAGAACAUAAUAUUUUUGUCUGAAUUCAGGGUUUAAGUCAAAGAAAGUGAGAUUUGCAUCAUCCAAUGAUUAUGAUAAAGAACUACUAUGACCUUUUAUAUCAGAUAACCUUCAAAACAUUUGCUCUGAACCUGAAGAUGUUUUGAUGUGUACAGUAGAAUUAGUUUUUUCCUAGCAACACAUUCUGUUUUUAAAAUUAAAUGCUUCAAAUGUCA